AUGGAGCUUGGUCCAAUUGACGAAGUCACCGUACUAGAAGCUGGCAAUGGCACCGCUGGUUGGGGUACUUUCCCCCAGCUACUCGAUCAUUCCAACCCUGAUCUCGGCACUUUCGAGCAGAGAUAUUGGUACGGAGCGAAGUACUGGAAGGGACCUGGGUCGCCAAUCAUUUUUGUCAAUCCAGGCGAACAGGCCGCUGAUAACUUCAAUAAAUCCUAUACUACAAGCCAGCGUCUUACUGGACUUCUAGCAGAGAAGCUCGGCGGUGCAGUUGUCAUUCUCGAGCACCGAUAUUGGGGCGAUUCAUCUCCAUUUGACAGCCUGACUACCGAGAACCUCCAAUACCUUACCCUCGAGAACUCUAUCAAGGACAACACCUAUUUCGCCAACAACUUCGAUGCGCCCUUUGACAAGACUGGAAAAAGUCGUGCAAAGGAUGCCCCUUGGAUCUUUACUGGUGGCAGUUAUCCCGGCGCAUUGGCCGGGUGGGUUGCUGCCAAAGACCCUGGUACUUUCUGGGCGUAUUAUGGCACCAGCGGAGUGGUCGAAGCUAUUGGGGACUUCUGGCAAUAUUUCGUUCCCGUCCUGGAAGCGACGCCCAAAAACUGCAGCUCCGACUUGACUACUGUCAUCGAUUACGUCGACUUGGUUCUCCUGACCGGCAGCCCCAGGGAGAAAGCCAAGCUAAAGGACAAGUUCAAGCUGGGCAACCUGAAGGAUGCCGACUUCGCUGCGGCGCUUGAGAACGGCCCAUGGACAUGGCAGUCGGGCCAGUUUUACUCGAGCAGCGUCCUUGGAUACAACCCUUACUACCGAUUCUGCGACUACAUCGAGAAUGUUUGGCCGAACUCUACUAAUCCUGUGCCUGGUCCUAAGGGAGUUGGCUUGACCAAGGCCUUGAACGGCUAUGCGAAAUGGUUUACGGAGAUCGGACUACCAGGAACCUGCGAGGGUUACGGGUACUUCAAAGGCGAAAACAACACCGAGUGUUUCCAGUCGCUGAAUGCCUCCAACCCUAUAUACCACGACCUUUCACCGCGCAACGCCGGCAACCGUCAAUGGAACUGGAUGUUGUGUAACGAGCCUUUCGAGUACUGGCAAGAUGGUGCCCCUAUCGGCCGACCCAGCAUCGUCUCACGUCUCGUUAACAAAGCUUACUGGCGCUCGCAAUGCGCGCUCUGGUUCCCGGAAAGAGAGUACGGUCUUGCUAAGGGCAAGUCUGCAGAGGAUGUGAACAAGUACACCGGCGGCUGGUUCGAGACCAAUGUUACGCGACUGAUGAUGACCAAUGGUCAGUGGGAUCCGUGGCGCGAUUCAACUCUCUCUUCCAAGUUCCGCCCUGGCGGUCCUAAGGAGAGCACCCCUGAAUUCCCUAUCCGACUCGUGGAACAGGGUACGCAUUGCUCUGACUUGUAUGGCCAGAACUGGGCCGUCAACCCCGGCGUUAAAGCUAUUGCCGAUGCGCAGGUUGCCAACAUGGCAGAGUGGGUGCAGGAAUUCUAUGACCAGAAGAAGUAG